CCUAAACCUUCUUUCAUAUUUGCCUUUUUCUGUCUUCAAUUAGGGUUUUGGGAAGAAACCAUAUCAAAGUAUCAAACGAACCACAGUUACAUUUUCUACCAAGUUUUUUUCUCGGCGAUUCAAGAGCUGCUUCAUAAUGGCUGGAAUCAAGGUUUAUGAGCUCCGGCAAAAAACAAAAGCAGAACUUUUGAGUCAGUUGAAGGAUCUGAAAGCAGAACUUGCUCUUCUUCGCGUCGCUAAGGUCACUGGUGGUGCUCCAAAUAAGCUCUCCAAAAUCAAAGUUGUCCGGCUUUCAAUAGCACAAGUUUUGACUGUGAUUUCACAGAAACAAAAGACAGCAUUGAGGGAAGUGUAUAAGAAUAAGAAAUACUUGCCUUUGGAUCUGCGUCCCAAAAAGACAAGAGCCAUUAGAAGACGUCUUACUAAGCAUCAGCAAUCAUUGAAGACAGAGCGUGAGAAGAAGAAGGAAAUCUACUUCCCAUUGAGAAAAUAUGCAAUCAAGGCGUAAUGCUGGGCUCUUUUUACAUGACUUGGGAUAUGUUAUUUGUCAUAUUUUGCAAAAUAUUUGGUCUUGGAUUUUGUUUUUGUUUCCUUAUGAGUUUAACUAAUCAUUAUAAAACAGAAUUAAGUUAA